UUAAGGAUACGUUUGCAAUUUUUAUUUUGUGUCUAUAUUUCUUACAGAUCCAUGACCAUAACGUAUUGUUUUUUUUUUAAUUUCUGUUUUAUUUAAAGAUAUGUCUAUCACUCUUUCUUACUCCAAUGACCUUGGGCUUGAGAGGGUCAAAAGAAUAAUACGGAGGGUCAUUAUAAUAAAAAAGAGUGAUGACGUCAUCCAAAAAUAACCUUCCUUCUGUUUUUUCGUUAAUAACUGAAAAAUAGUUCGAGAUUUUAUUAGAAUUCGAGAAAAGAGAGAGAAUAGGGAGGAUGAUUUUUUCUACGAGAUUGAUAGAGAUUGUUAGUGAUUUCUGAAUUUAUUCGAGAGAAUAUCAAGGCUCAGUGAUUUCUGAUUUUAUUCGAGAGAAGAUCAAGGUUCAGUGUUCGAUUCGAUAGAAAAACCAUGAUUCGAUUCUAGAGAAGAGCAAGAGAAAAUUUUCAGUAAAAAUGGAGCUCAUUCUAAUCAACGGAGACUUCAAAGAUUUUUAGAUUUGCUUUUAUACACCACAUAUAAAAUACAAAAGGCUUUCGAAGAAGAUCAUAAAAAAGAAUAUUGCAACCAAAAGUAUCUGAAAGUUUUGCACAUGGAUCCAUCAUCUUCGCUUUAUGUCAGGGACAUUGACAAAUAUGGGAGCAUUAUAGAAAGUACCGUCACUCAACAUAUAAUAAAAAUGGGGAGGACGACUGAUAGGAUUCUAAUUCCUAUUAUACAUAGAGCGGGGAUUGGACAACAUUGGACCCUGUUAGUAUUCUACAUCAACAAGAGACGUUUUGAGCAUUUCAACUCAUUCGAUAAAGCGAAAAGUGACUGUUUAGAGAAUGCUAAGGUAAUGGAUGAAUUUUGUUUGGAACACAUCAACAAAUUCUUGGAUCACAACAACUUCACCACAGUAGACAAAGUUGAUAUGGUUGAAGUUGAAGUACCUCAAGGAGAUACCAAAAACUCCUUGUUGUAUGUCAGACAUUUUAUAAAAAGAAGAUCAAAGUACGACUCUCAAAAUUUCAAGGAAUUUGAUUUUAAAAGUGAGAAGGAACUUAUAGAAAACAUGGAUAAGAAGAGAGUGGCGUUGGUGCAUAGUUUACUUACAGCAAAAGACCCAGAAAUAAGCUGGAAGAUGUCUGAUAAACUAGAAGAAUGAUUAAGCUGAUA